AUGGCCUCCUCCUCCUUUUGCUGGGGCUGCUUUUCGAAGCUUCGCCUAUCAGCUCCCCGUCUGUUGCAGCCGCCCUCCGUCCUCCGAAUCGCUCCCUUCCACACCACUGCUCCCGCGCUUGCAUUGCCCAUGAAAAAGAAGCCAGGUUCAGGUCGCUCAGAAGGCCCCAAGUUCCGUGAAUCCCGGUCCGCUCGAAUUAACAAAAAAACGAAGCGUGAGAAGCCUCGCCCGCCGGCCGUGGGUGAACGCAGAGCAGCGAGACAACGCAUCGUGCUAAGCAACACCAACGCCCUCGAGGUCCCAGAUAUGCAAGAGCUAUCUAUUGAGAAUAUGACGAAUGCCGAAUUGCGCGGCCGUAUUGUUGGACUACCUAUGGCGCUAGUGGACCGAUUGAGAGGCGCUCGCGCCUUCAAGACCACCCAGGGCUGGAGCCUGUUUAGAAGACCUGGUACUCUCGUUAGAGAGGAGACGCUCGAGCUGGGGAGGUUAAUCGGUGGCAUUGGGAACGGCGAGAGCGAAAUGAAAGGGAAAACUGUAAAGAGAAUCAUUACUGGCGACAAGGGGACCGGGAAGAGUGUCCAUUUGACGCAAGCCAUGACCUUGGCUAUGUUGAACAACUGGGUCACUGUCACUAUUCCUGAAGCCCAGGACCUCACGAUCGCACAUACUGCCUACGCUCCCUCCACCACAGAACCAGGACAAUAUGUGCAGAAGGAUGCAGUGGCUGCACUGCUGCAGCGCAUGGUUACUGCCAAUGGGCCUGUGCUUGCCAAACUUCAUAUUUCACAAGACCACCCGAAUUUGAAGGCGCCAUUUCGCCCCGAGAUGAACCUUGAACAAUUAGCCAAGCUGGGAAUAGAUGAUACUGCCCACGCCUGGUCGGUAUUCCAAGCUCUGUGGUCCGAAUUAACCGCAACCAAAGCCACUGCCGAUGCUGAGGGCCUAAAGCCUUUCGCUUCCCGCCCACCAAUCCUGGUCACAGUCGAUGGCCUUGCGCACUGGAUGGCGAAUUCCAAAUACCGCACUGCCGAAUAUGAGGUUAUCCACGCUCACGACCUCGCACUGGUCAACCAUUUCCUUUCCCUGCUAUCGUCAGAUCGCUCCUCUCCAACGCUCCCCAACGGCGGGCUCCUCCUCUACUCUACAUCUACCUCAAAUACACCAAAUAUCUACACAUUCGACAUCUUGCUCAAACAACUCGCUGCUCGCACCUCUGGCAUCCCAGCAGACUCGCCGGAAUUCCCUACCGCUGAUCCAUACCGCCGCCCUGACUCACGAGUCCUCGCCUUACUAGAUGAUGCAAAAGAUCUGACGACGCAAAGGCUCACUGGUCUAGGUAAGAAAGAUUCGAAGGGCUUGCUUGAAUACUUUGCGCUCAGCGGCAUCCUGAGAGAAAAGGUCACCGAAGAAUUCGUUAGUGAGAAAUGGACACUCUCUGGAAUGGGGAUUGUCGGUGAGCUAGAGAAGUUGGGAAAGAGAGUGAGAGUACCGCCUCCAAUUCCUAUGCCGGCUGCGAACUGA